AUGAGGCCGAGCCGUUUACCCCUUAGCCCGUCGUUUCCCUCCUGGGUGGCAAGCUCUGGGGAACAGCCGGGCAGCCCGCCAAAGCGGAAGGCUGAGGCAGAGCCAUUGUCAGCCGGAGCCGUCGAGAAGCGCAAGGCGGAGGAGAUGGCCCAAGGCAGCCAGAGCAGCAGCAGCGACAGCGGGGACGGCGGAGGCUCGAUCAGAAUGGUCGAGACAGUGGACGCAGAAUGGGCCGAGCACGGCAUGGAGGUCGAGGCGGAGAUUGCGGCAGACAGCCCAGAGGCAAGCGAGGACCCGCCAAGCUUGAUCAGUGAGGAGUUGGCGGUGCUGGACGACGCCGCCGAGCUGGAGGAGAUCGACCGCCUGGAGAAGAUGACAGUGUUGGUCGACCCGGUGGCAGGGGAGGAAGCCGAGCACCUCAGCACCGUCUUCGUCAAGACCUGGAAGUUUGACUACCAGCUGUUGUUGAUAUGGGCUUCCAUGAUGGCUCCCAUCGGUGACUACAGAAUAAUGCGUAGGAACCGGCGAUAG